CCCCCUCUCUCUCUCUCUCUCCAAAAACUUUGUCUGUUGGCCUAUAGAAGUCCAAUCGCACACCACAAGGAAUUAAGGCAGAAGAAGAAGAAGCAGCAGCAGCAAACACAGAAGCUCUCUCCUCCAAAAAAAAAAAAUGUUGGUCAACACCAGUCCUUCACCCCUCCAUCCUUCUGACCCCUUCUCCAAUUGCUUGGAUUUCAAUGGGACCAUCAACAAGAGAAAGCGAAGACCGGCCGGCACCCCAGAUCCCGAUGCGGAGGUGGUGUCGUUGUCGCCGAAGACGCUGCUGGAGUCGGACCAAUACGUGUGCGAGAUCUGCAACCAGGGUUUCCAGAGGGACCAGAACCUGCAGAUGCACCGGCGAAGGCACAAGGUGCCGUGGAAGCUGCUCAAGCGGGAGACCCCCGUGGCAAGGAAGCGGGUGUUCGUCUGUCCUGAGCCAAGCUGCCUCCACCACAACCCGUGCCACGCUCUCGGGGACCUCGUUGGGAUCAAGAAGCACUUCCGCCGGAAGCACAGCAACCACAAGCAGUGGGUCUGCGAGAAGUGCUCCAAGGGCUAUGCCGUCCAGUCCGACUACAAGGCCCACAUCAAGACUUGCGGCACCAGGGGCCAUUCCUGCGACUGUGGCCGCGUCUUCUCCAGGGUCGAGAGCUUCAUCGAGCACCAAGAUGCCUGCAGUAUGAGCCGCCUGAGAGCCGACGACUCACAGGGCUUGCAGCCAGCAUGCUUGUCUCAGACUGCUUCGAGUCCAAGCCCGUCAAGCGACACCAAUCUCAGCACAACUCCAAGGCCAGGAAGCCGACUGAAUUGUUACAUGCUAAAUCCUUGUAACAAGGAUGAGAGUUGUCCAAGCCCUCCGGAUAUAAUUAUUUUAGGUACUCCCUUGUCAAGAAACAGCAACAGUGAUCCUGAAUUCCAGCACUACCAUAACUUGGAGCUUCAGCUCUCCAUCGGGUCCUCAAGCGACACCAGGCCCAAGAGGAACCAGGGUUUCCACGCGAAUUUCCCGGAGAACGAGAAGAAUGAUAAUGCCAAUAAAAGUUACAACAGCAUGAAACAUGAGAUGGUUGGUCUGCCUGAUGUAUUGAGAUUGGCGUUGGCGGAGAAGGCCUAUGCUGAGGAUGCAAGGAGGGAAUCAAGGAGAGAGGUGGAAGAAGCCGAAAGGGAGUUUGCAAGCGCGAGGAGAAUGAGGCAGCAGGCGCAGGCUGAGCUCGACAGGGCAAGGGCAAUGAAGGAGAGCGCAAGGAAGCAGAUCGACUCGGCUAUCUUAAUGAUAACAUGCCACGCAUGCAAGCAACAGUUCCUUCAAGGUAGGGAUUGCCACCAUGACCACCGAGCCCUUGGCAUGGCCAUUGAUGGGAUUAACAGCUCAUCCGCCAUUACAGAAGGAGAUCGAUGCUUAUGAAAGAUCCAAGUUCAAAGUCAUAAAAUCUUUUUUCGUUUUUCUUUGGGAAGGGCAUUAUUUGUUUAAUGUGUUUAAAAAGAAACUUUAAACACGUGAAGAAAGGGUUAAAAAGGGCUACGUUUAUCGUAGUCUUAAGUAUAGUGUGUUGAAUUUGAUUGGUGGGAGUGGAUUUAGUUGACUUGUACCUUCGUACUUUAUACCUUUCUGUAUCAUUAUAAUUCCUUGGAUUGAUUAGCAAAUAGAAAGAGUGUAUAGAAUUGCUGAUCA